UCGGAAGCGGAAGUGAGGUUUCCGUGGAGACAGCGGAGCCUGCGGAAGGCGGCGGCGGCGGCACCUGCGAGCGGAGGCCUAGGCGGGGCAUGGCGGCGCGGACGGUCCUGUGAGAGCGAAGCUGCCGCAGGGCCCGCCAUGCGCCGGCGGCCCUGACAUGGGCGCCAGCGGCUCCAAAGCUCGGGGCCUGUGGCCCUUCGCCUCGGCGGCGGGGGGCGGCGGCCCGGAGGCGGCUGUCGCUGAGCAAGCUUUGGUGCGACCGCGAGGCCGAGUCGUGCCCCCCUUCGUAUUCACGCGCCGCGGUGGUGGGGUUGGACCUCUCUGGGUAGUGGCCGGGAAAGCAGGACUGGCCCCCAGCGUUGGGGAUGGGGCCUGGGGAAAAAGACCCUCACCCAGCUCCAUGUUCUAUGACGAGGAUGGGGAUCUGGCUCACGAGUUCUAUGAGGAGACAAUCGUCACCAAGAACGGGCAGAAGCGGGCCAAGCUGAGGCGGGUACAUAAGAACCUGAUUCCUCAGGGCAUCGUGAAGCUGGAUCCCCCCCGCAUCCACGUGGAUUUCCCUGUGAUCCUCUAUGAGGUGUGAGCCUGGGGGGUGGCAGGCAUAAACACCCCCUGCCCCAGCAAGAAACCCCCAGGCUCAAGGUGUGGCUUCCACUGAGGAACCUAGGCUGGGGCCACAACCGUGAAUAAACUCCACUGGCCCGGAACCUUCAACUGUGAGCAGGGCAGUCCUACAAUGCUGGUUGGGUGUUGGUUUGUAUGUGGACAAGAGGUGGCUGGUGGCUGGCAAGGGCUGAUGGCGGAGUUACCAGUCCACCUUUCCCAGCAAUCCCUACAAGGAGCAUGGCAGGGCAUAUGCUGUUCAGGAAUGCCUGGUUCCUGUGCCCUUGCCUGGCCUGCAUUCUUCCAAGCUUGCCUAGGGCCCAGCCCUGCUGGAGGCUACAGCACUUUACAAGUAAGGUCUGCCUUUUUCCAGCCCCAGGGCUGUGGGAGCUGUACACAAGUGGGAACUUCCUUUCCCUCACUUCCUUCACCCUCUCGUUGGAGCAUUUCAGCCGUUUGCUACCUCGAUUCCUCCUGUGUUGGACAGAAGCUGGGGGCAGAACAAGCCUGAUUCUUCCUGCCUACCUGCCCAUCUGUUCCCACCCCCAGAUGGAUGGACAGUUUGCUGGCUGUUAAUAGGUGUGGGAGGUUUCUCCCUCUACCCCGGGCUGGGCUGAUCCCUCCCCACUGCAACUAGUUGUUGACCCCUACCCCAACUGAGAGGGCAUAGGAUGGGGAUCAGGAAGGGCUCUGGAUGCCUGUGCCUAUGGGGUGUUGCCACAUCCCACCUACUGUGUCUAAUCCCCCUUGCCCUUACACAUCCACCACCCUGUGAUAAGGGACAGCACCCUGUGGCUGGUGCCAGUAGCUCUGAGGAGCCCACCACCCAUUCCCCUACAGUAUACCCAUCCCUUCAGGAUCAGUAAGAGAAAAGUACUGGAGCCCUGGGUAGGGACAGAAAGGAGAGAACAAUCAUAAAGGAAUACUUAAAAUGUGAAAGCUUGUAAAUAGUCUAGUCCAUGAUGUUGGGGCAGAGUCUGAUUUCUACAUAAAAAUGACUUUUUUUUUUUUUAAUUCCUUACUGUGCAAACUCUGUUCUUCAAGCGUGUGAGAAAUGGCUUGGGGAGGGUAGCCCUCAAUCUAGGAAGGCUGUUGUGUUAUUUGUUCAAUAAAAUUAUUUGUAGACCCUG